AUGGCAACCGCAUUCUUCAAUCAGUUUUUGGACUUCCUUCUUGUUCUUCUUGCCCUUAAUUUCUUCAUAGAUAUAAGCUUUGGUGGUAGGCAAAUUGACCCAAAAUCCAGCAUCGAGUUCAUAAAAACAUCCUGCAGUUCAGCGACGUACCCUGACCUUUGUUGUCAAACUCUGUUAGGUCAGGCCAGCACGAUCCAAAAAAGCCCGCAACUCAUCGCCCAUGCCGCACUAAACGUGACGCUUAUAGACGUCAAAUCGACAACCGAGUCGAUGGUCCAACUUUCGCAAAGCCAACUAUUGCCGGCCAAAGUGGGGCAAGCCAUGCAGGUUUGCUUGAAGGAACUGAGCGAUACCGUUGAAGCGCUGAGGAAGUCCGUCAUCGAGAUGGAUAAGAUUAAAUCGUCAAAUAUUGGACCAAUGGUGCACGAUAUUCGGACAUGGGUGAGCUCUGCUUUGAAUGAUGAGAGCAACUGCACUGAUGGUUUUGAAGGGGACAAUAUAUCCAACGAUGCAAAGACUUCUAUAAGAUCCCAUAUUCUCACAAUUGCGCAUUUGACAAGCAAUGCCUUGGCUCUGGUCGAAGACUAUGCUUCCCUUCAUGGUUAGCUAG